AUGGCAGGUCUCAGGGGAGCGGCAAGGCACCCCACCAAUUUGGCUAAGGUAAGGGGAGUCCUUCAAGGACCCAAUGAAUCCCCCUCAGCAUUUGUAGAAAGACUCAUAGAGGCUUUUCGGCAGUACACUCCAUAUAAUCCAGUCAGUGAGGAACAUAAAGCCACAGUUAUUGUAGCUUUUAUAGAUCAAUCUAGUAGAGACAUUAGGAGGAAAUUGCAGAGGCUAGAAGGACUGCAGGACAAAACCCUGCGAGACAUAGUACAGGUGACAGAGAAAGUGUAUCAUAAUAGAGAGACUGAAGAGGAAAAACAAGGUAGGAAGCUGCAAGAGACUAAGGAAAGAGAGCUGAGGAAAGAAAGACGGCAAGAACGCAACCUCCAUAAAAUCCUCACCACUGUUGUGAGAGAGACCAGAGAACCUAAGCCAGGGCCAGGCGGCAGGAGACAACAGCUAGAUAAAGAUCAGUGCACGGUAACCCUAACUGUGGAGGGGAAACCUACUCAAUUCUUAGUAGACACCAGGGCAUCGCACUCAGUAUUGCAACAAGCUGAUGGAUGGCUCUCAAAUCAGAAAUCAUGGGUCCAGGGAGCCACGGGAAAUAAAUUGUACUCUUGGACCACUGCACGGAUGGUAGACCUGGGAACAGGAUUAGUGUCUCACUCUUUCCUCGUGAUCUCGGAUUGCCCAUAUCCUUUAUUGGGAAGAGACUUGCUCACAAAAAUGAAAGCCCAGAUCCAUUUCCUGCCAGAGGGGCCACAGCUUAAAAGGCCCUCAGAGGACCCCAUCCAGAUACUGACUGUGAUGUUAGAAGAUGAGUAUAGACUCUUUGAAUUCAAAAAAGAGAACCCAGGCUCGGGAGAUCUCAACCUGUGGCUAAGAAAGUUCCCUCAGGCAUGGGCAGAGAUGGCAGGAAUCGGGAAGGCUAAACAUAGGCUGCCCGUCUAUGUCGAACUAAAACCACAAGCCACCCCUGUAGCCGUUCGCCAGUACCCUAUGCCGAGAGAAGCCAUAGAGGGAAUCUGGCCCCAUAUCACCUGAUUCCUCCAGUUGGGGAUAUUGUGCAGAUGUCAAUCUGCCUGGAACACCCCCCUUCUUCCUGUCAGGAAGCCAGGCACAAAUGAAUACCGUCCAGUCCAAGACCUGCGAGAAGUUAACAAGCAGGUAAUGGACAUUCAUCCCACGGUUCCUAAUCCUUAUAAUCUUUUAAGUUCCUUGCCACCUCUCCGAGGCUGGUAUACUGUUUUAGAUUUAAAAGAUGCCUUCUUCUGCCUCCAACUUGCACCGAAGAGUCAAGAGCUUUUCGCCUUUGAAUGGAGAGACCCAGACGGAGGAGUGACAGGGCAACUCAUGUGGACCCAGCUCCUGCAAGGAUUAAAAAAUUCCCCCACCCUCUUCGAUGACCAAGACCUGGCGCUAUAUCAAGAAGCUAACCCCCAGGUAACCUUGCUGCAAUAUGUUGAUGAUCUUCUGCUUGCAGCCGAAAUGAGAGAAGAUAGCCUGAAAGGGACAGAGAAACUUCUGGCAGAAUUAGGAACUCUAGGAUAUCGGGCAUCAGCCAAGAAAGCACAAAUCUGCAAAUGA